GUGGCAUAUUUCACAAAAAAAAAACACUAUUCUCUUGUCUCUCUCUGUCAACGCUCUGUGAGUGAGAGAAUGUAGUCAACUCUGUUUUAAGGCUUGGUUUUGGUUUAACCGGUUCUGCGUCAAACAAAGUGUGAAGGUACUUGUGAUCUGCGUCUUGUCUCUCUUCUUUGCUCUCUCACUCUCUCACUCCAAGACGUUGAAGCGUGAUGUGAAAGGUUUGAAUGAAAUCAAAGCUUCUUUAGGAUGGAGAGUGGUGUAUUCAUGAUCCUUGAGGAGAUGGAGAUCUCCCACCUUGGUCACAGAACUGAUCUACAUAACAACAAGCUGACUGGUCCAAUCCCUUCACAGACUAAGCGACUAAAACGGCUGAAAGUUACUGAGUGUGUUAUUUGUGUCAUCAUAUCAUGCCAAUGCUUCACCUAAUCAUCUUCUCUGUUGCAACUUUUAGAAACCUGAGGUGGAAUAAACUACAAGAUGUGAUUCCUUCCCCCUGAGGUUGGUGAGCUGAAGAGGCUAACCCAUUUGUACUUGAGCUUCAAUAGCUUCAAGGGAGAAACUCCAAAGGAAUUAGCUGCUCUUCCGUUAGCUUCGGUAUCUACACCUUCAUGAAAAUGGAACAAGUUUCUAUCUUUCAUAUUGUAUAGUUAAAGACACAUUCCACUAAUCUAUAUUCCUCCUUAAUCAAAUAAAAGUAUCAGUUUUAUAGUUUUUUUAUUAAUAGAUAGACCAAAAAUGACAACACCAUUAAUUAUUAAUUGGAUCUUAAGUAACAUAAAUAAGAAAUUUAAUAAAUUAAAAAUAAAACUUAAAUAUGAAGAGAUAUCUUUAUAUAUAAAUAUAGUUAUAAAACUUGGCCUCUCCCUCUCUCUCUCAUAAGACUUUCUCCAAAGGAAAUAUUUUCUUCUCUCUCUAUGUUGUUUUGUGUGUGUUUACUUUCCUAACAAUCAAACCUACUUUUCUUCUUUCAUCAAUUUUGUUUCCCAAAGUAAAGAGAAAACUAGUCUCCCUUGGUAAGGCAACCUUCUGGUUUUAUAUAAUUUAUUUUCUUCUCAUCUUCUGUUCGAUUAUUUUCUUCAUCUUCUUCUGUUUGUAAUUUUCUGAGAAUUAGGUUUUCAUUCCUUGAGAAGCAAUCUAAAGGUAUCAUUGUCUGAAUCCUUGAUUUCUCUGUGUUUUGUGUGUUUGGUUAUGUUUGAGUUUAAAAACUGUUGGUAGGGCUUUAAAGCCUGCAGAGUAGUCCUCAAAUAUUUGAUCAUAUCUCAGUUUUAAUUGUAUCACGAUCAGAUUACAGUUUUGUCUUUUAGGUAUUGAUGUCAUUGAUGACUUGUUGGCAUGACACACAUGUUUUGAUUUAGACUCUUAAAAGUCAACAUGUGUCCUUUGGAUGUAGAUUCCUUCGUUUAAAAAUUGUUGAAAUGAAGAAGAAUGUUUAGUCAUCUUUGGUUAUGUAAUUUGAGUACAGAAAGAAAAGUUAUUUUAAUUUGAUAUGUUUAAAAGUUGUCCACUCUUGUGGUUUAUAGAUGUCUGAAGAAGGUUCUGUGGAAACGGCACAUGUAAAGGACGUGGGACCUGUGGAAGAUGUUGUUAUAUCUGAGGCACCCAAGGGUCAAGAAGAGUGUGUAUCAGAGACUAAUGAAGUGCCUGUGCCUAAGCCACCAAGUGUGAACUCAACUAGAGCUGCUGGUACACGAGCAGGUAAACCGCAGGUUAAGUCCCGUUAUCGCGGUGAUCAUCAUGUGAGCUCAAUUCAUGAUCACUGCAAACAUGGGACACAUGGCAAGAGGUGUGAUCAACAUGAUGAUGCGGUGAAACCAUGGAAGGUAGUGAGGAGAAAGAGUGUUGAAGCCUCAGUGACGGUUAAAGUUGAGAUUCCAGGUUUGAGAAAGAAGUCUUUGGCAAGUGUGACUAAACCGGAAAGCUCUGUGGCUGCAAAGAGAGAUGGUGAGAUGGCGAGAUCUGUUGAAGCUAAGAGGAACAAAGGAACCAUAAGUACUCUAACUGGUUCAGCUGUAGUUAAAAAGGUUCCUGGCUUGGCAAAUGAUAAGUCAAGUUUUGCUAUGAAGAAGGUUUCUGCUCCAAAGAAUAAGGAGAAGAGAAACACUCAGGCAAUUAGUGGUGAAGAUGUAAAAGAGAAGACAGUGUGUGUUGUUGAAGCUAGCGUCAAAGGUGUUCAGAGUGAGAAGCAAGCAUCAUCUGAGAAGAAAAGUGGUGAUGCAGAGCUUGAAGCAGAUCAAACCCCUGAGAAGAAGAUUAGGCCUAAGAGGAUGAUGUCAGGUGCAAAGGUGAAUCUAGCUAAGCAGAUGAGUUUCAAGAAAGGGAAGACUCUUGAACCAAGACCUGAGGACGCUUCUCCUAAAUGGAUCAAGUUCAGAAAGAAGGUUGUGCAGGAACUGAAACCUCAAACCGAAGGGAAGAAGAAGAAGAAUCUGAAAGGUAUUGAGACAAGAAGUGGUUCUUGUGAAGGAAGCAAACAUGAGAAGGUUGUUCUGAGGCAUCAAAAGGUAGAAGGGAAGAAAAAAAUGAUGACACUAUUCAACAAUGUGAUUGAGGAGACAAUGAGUAAGUUGACAAAGGUGAGGAAGACCAAAGUGAAAGCUCUUAUCGGUGCUUUUGAAACUGUAAUCUCUCUUCAGGACAAUAAGACACCUCAGAAAGUUCAGAGCAAGGCCACAACAUUUUAAGGUUUAGUCCUUUGGGUGGCCAACAGUGAGACAACAGAAACUUAUUUGUGUGCUGCAUAUGAUCGAUAUAACAUGCAAUAUUUCAAACUUUGAGAACUUAUUUUGAGAGGAAGAGAGCUAUAGAUAUAACUGUCUUGUUACUGUCCUCGAGAGAGCAAAAGGAUUUAUGACCUUGACAAUAUAACUGAAGAUGAAGUAAAGAUUUCAAGUUUUAUCUAUUUUCCACAAUUAAAGAAAAAGAACAGUUUAUUAUUUUUUA